ACACAGCUGUGCAAACAAAAUGGCUCGAUUAUACCAUAUUGCAUCAAUCGUUAUUGUAAAUAUAUUUGUACUGAUGUGCAUUCUUGCAGAAGAAGAACAUUAUACUGAUAAAUACGAUAAUCUUGACUAUCAUACUCUUCUCAAUAAUAAGACUAUGCGAGACUCAUAUUACAAUUGUUUCAUGGAAAUAGCACCAUGUCAGACACCAGUACAGAAGACCCUAACAAGCAUAUUCAGCGAAGCUUAUCAAACUAAAUGCAAGAAGUGCACUGAAAAACAAAAAGAAAUGUUUGCCACAGUUAUUGACUGGUACAUGAAGAAUGAGCCACAUAAAUGGCAAUUAAUAAUUGUGAAGAUUAUAGAAAAUAUGAAGAAGAAAGCCACUCAACAAUCGCUGGCAACAGAUGAAUAAUGGAGCUCUCGAUACGUGCUAUAUCCAAAUAUAUAAUUAAUAUGAAUGUAUAUAAUUUCUGAUUAGAGCCCUCGGAGUGAACGUUGUGAUACUCGCACGACGGACGCAAGGUCAAAUGUGAUCCAAGAGCGAUAUUGUUUUAAAAUGUUUGAAAAGCAGUUUUUUGUUACAAUAUGUAGUAAAUUAUUUUAAAUAUGUAGAACGUGAAACACAUAUUUAAUAAAUAGAAAUAAAUAUCUA